GUUGUCGCGCCGUGAUGAUGCCGGAGCUCCACACUCCUAAGCGCCACUGCAGCGUUACAGUCAGGAGUAAGUCGGCCCCGCGUUCGUCAACUGAAAUGCAAAUAUAUAUUGCACUGUACUAGGCGACGUUUCGAGCAACGGGUCCAUCGCAGCACGUAGGUCGGAUUAGCGGAAGGAGGGGUGUCGGGUGAGACGGAGAGACGGGACUUAACCACGAAAGCGGUAACACCAUGACGCCUGAAUAACAACAACAUCCACAUCAACAACAACAAUGCUUCCCGACGAAUGCCUCGAGUGGCGUAUGAAUCGCUACCUCUUGCCUCACAGGCGAAGCAACCCGUCAACUCGUCGAAACCCCAUCACCCACUCAUCUCUCCCUGAACAACAUGGCCGCUGCGGCCUCGCGGCGGCUGCGCGGAAGCCGCCACCACCGGUGCCACCACCACCACCACCACCGCCGCUGCUGCCACUGCCACUACCGCCACCACCACGACCGCUGGGGCCCACACCGGCUCCGACCACCGAGAUGGCCACGGGACGCGUGCUGCUUUUGUCGCGCUGCCUUGGCCGCCUCGGCACGGCGCGUUCGGCCUGGCUGGGAGGGGGCAGCAGCAGCGAGGCAGCUCGGGGCCCCCCUCCUCCUCCUCCGCAAGCAGCAGCAGCAGGAGCGCGACGCUGCUCGGGCUCGCUCCGUGCCGGCGGCGUGGAGAGCGCGGCGGGGAGGCGCGGAGUGGCGGCCGCCGUCACCUCCAGCCAGGCUGCUGCCGGUGGUGGUGGGGGGGGGCUCGAGGCCGGGUACUCAGAUGAGCAAGAAGCCUUGCUUCAAGAGUUCCCACUGCCUAAGGACCUGCUGAGGACAGUGCUGGAACACGUUGCGAGUGCCACCACAUGCCCCACCAAACUCUCCUACACCAACUACGAUGGGAGGCUCAAGCGGAGCGUACUGUCGGUGAUGUGGCCAGUGAAUCUGCGCACUGAGGGGUUCGGAUGGCGCAAGUUGCAGGCAGAGAGGCAUGCUGCUGCUGUCGCCUGUGCCAGGCUCAAGGAGCAAGGGUGGAUCUCGGCAAACAAUAAGCCUCUGAGCUGUAACGAAUACCAGGCCAUUGCAUCCCAGCUGGGUGUCCCAGAGAAGCAGGCCAACAGCCUGGCCUUGAUCUCUCAAGCAGGAGAUAAUGCAGACAUGGGAAGGUACCAGAGAAAUAACCCUGCUGGGAGAGGACAUAGAGGUGCUCCAUUCCAGAGGACAAGAGAGCAGAUCAGCCACGCUUCGGAGAUGGCCGAGUUGAUGCAGAAGUUUCCCAAUUCCAAGACGCUGCUCUUGUCAGUAGUGCAGAUCGCCACCGCCUCCCCCUCUGCAGAAAAGCAUGUGCGUUUCACGGUGACGGAACAGCGGCCAUUCGAGUGCCACCUGCGUCUUUCAUGGCCACAGGACAUGGUGUUUGUGGCGCACGCUCCCAAGAAGAACGAGGCCAUAAAACGGGCCUGCGCAAUGGCGUGUGCCUCUUUUAAGGAAAUGGGGUUGUUGGACAGCGGCAACCGCCCGCUGAGAAACGUUGAUUAUAAUAAGACGGCGCUGCAGGACAUGCACGCUCAGCACCGGCGACCCACUCCCAUUAGGCUGCUCCCAGCCCUCGCCACACGCCUCCACGACUUCCUGCUGCAGCGCGAAAAUUACACACAGUCCUCGGAGGCCGCGCAGGUGCUGGAUCCAGCGGAGGAGGAGGCAUGUGUGCGCUGCGUGUUCACGGGCCGCCCCUACAAGCCGUUCACCCCGGAGCAAGCGCAAGAGCUGAGCGAAGAGCUGCUGUCGCGGUGGCGCGCCGCCAACCCCCCCGUGACCCCUGGCGAGGACCCUCUGCCCAUCCUGGACCAUCGUGACGAGAUCUUGGCCGCGCUGGAGGCGGAGGACAGGCGGGUGCUGAUUGUGGCGGGCGAGACUGGCUGCGGCAAGACCACCAAGAUCCCGCAGCUGAUUCUGGAGAGCAUGGUGUCGCGCGCGGGCACCGGCGCCCACUGCAACGUGGUGGUGACGCAGCCGCGGCGCAUUAGCGCCGUGUCGGUGUGCCAGCGCGUGCGGCAAGAGCUCGGACCUCACCUGCGCAGGAACAUCGGGUACCAGGUGCGCAUGGAGAGUUCUCCUCCCACGCCGGGGGGUGCGGUGCUCUUCUGCACUGUGGGCAUCCUGCUGCGCAAGCUGCAGAGCAACCCGGACCUGCUGGGCGUGAGCCACGUGCUCCUGGACGAGGUGCACGAGCGCGACGUGGGCACGGACUUCCUGCUGGUGCUCCUGCGCGACGUGCUGCGUCGCAAUCCGCGCCUGCGCCUGCUGCUGGCGUCCGCCACGCCCGACACGCAGCGCCUCGCCCAGUAUUUCGGCGGUGCGACGGUGCUGCGAGUGCCCGGCAAGCUGUACCCCGUGACGCCGUACCACCUGCGGAACGUGUGCCAACUCAUGCAGCGCCACCCGCCGAGCAAGGAUUCUGAUGACCCCGCGCCCGACCUGGAUUUUGUCGCUGAAGUCGUGGAGUUUAUCUGCUCACGGGGCACGCCAGGGGGAGUGCUCUGUUUCUUGCCAGGCUGGCAGGAGAUUCGAGGGGUGAUGGACAAACUCUCCCAGCGUUUAAACAACCGCUUAGACAAGCACCUUAUUUUGCCAGUGCACUCAAGCCUGUCGGUAGUCGACCAACAGGCCAUCUUCCAGCGGCCGCCGGAGGGCGUGCGCAAGGUGGUGCUCGCCACCAACAUUGCCGAGACAGCCAUCACCAUCGACGACAUCGUGCACGUGGUGGACACGGGCUGCCACAAGCUGCAGCAGUAUGACAUGCGCACGCAGGUGUCGUGCCUUGACACGGUGUGGGUGUCUAAGACGAAUGUGGUGCAGAGGCGAGGCAGGGCAGGCCGCUGCCAGCCCGGCUUCUCCUACCACCUCUUCUCCGAGGAGCAAUUUGCCGCCAUGCCCGAGUUCGAGACGCCAGAGAUCCUGCGCACGCCGCUUGAGAGCCUUGUGCUGCAAGUGAAGCUGCACACACCGCACAUCCCGGCGGCACAGUUUCUGGACCAGGCGCUGGACCGGCCGAACAAAUACGCUGUGGAGGAGGCUGUGAGCAUCCUGCAGGAGAUCGGCGUCCUGAUGAUGGAUGAGUCCCUGACCCCACUGGGCGCUCGGCUCGCCCACAUGGCGGUGGAGCCCCGACUGGCCAAAGCCCUUGUCCUGGCCACCCUGUUCCGCUGCCUCUACCCCGUGCUUGUCAUCAUCUCCAGCCUCUCGCGCGACCCCUUCCAGAGCGGCCUGCAGCAACGUGCGGCCGUCAACAAGGCACGGCGGCUGCUGGCGGGAGAGACUCGUAGCGACCACCUGGCUUUUGUGAACGCACUCGAGGAGUGGAGGCACGCGUACGGCGAUCGCGCCGACGAGCAGCACUGCGCCGCGGAGAACAUGCUGCACCCGCCCGCCGUCCGAUAUGUGCAGGGACUGAUGAGGCAGUUCUCACAGGGCAUUCACGAUGCGAAUUUAGUAGAAAACACGACGGAAUGCCUGCACGACGAGGCACUGUGCAACGAGUAUUGCCGCCAAGCCGAGCUCGUGCUGGGGGUGCUGGCUGCUGCCCUCUACCCCAACAUUAUACAACUGCGCUUAGGGGAAGUUACGCGGGAAGGCAAGCUGCGGGCCGACAGCCUGGUGUGCCGCACGCGCACCGGCAGGGUCCUGCUGCACAGCAGCACCCUCAACAAGACCGAGGAGGAGUUCCGUAGCCGCUACCUGGUUUAUUACAGCGCCAUGAAGUCCAACGGCAGGGUGUUCGUGCGCGAUAGCUCCAUGGUUCACCCCUUGGCUCUGCUGCUCAUGACGGACGCGCCCAUUCACUGGAGAGAGGGGGAUGGUGACGUCCUGCUGACGGUGGGAGACGGUGACCUGGUGCGCAUGGCGUGCCGUCACGAGGAUGCACGCCUGCUCCUGGGCCUGCGUGAGGCCCUGCGCUCCAUGCAGUGUGAGCUGCUGGCGUCGAGCGAGCCCGGAGCCCUCCCCGCAGACGCCCAGGAAAGGCACAGGCAGUUGCUCGACAUCUUGGUGGAGACACUCAAUGCGCCGCAGGAGCCGUUCACAGCGCGGAACUGAUGGGCGUGGCGUUGCUCCUCCUUGGGCUUUCGUCGCUAAUUUGGCCCGGCGUUACGCAACUGCUUUUGUUCUGUACACAUGUGACCGCUUUUCUUUGGGACUGCGGAGACGUUUUUUACGCUGAGCUCUGGCUUUAAGUGGUUGAUUGCAGGGCGUGUUUUGUUCAUUGAGCGCGGUUGUACGUUUGUAUAUAUAUCUGCAGGAUUUAAUCUUGAGCUAUGAACAUUUUAAUGAACUGACGACUGUGUGUUGGUUAGUGGAAGGCUGUCAUGCAAAUGUUAUAAAGCAACCAUGUGGGUGUUUGUUUUAAUAAGUAAAAGAUUAUUAAUGAUAAUUUAAGCUGUUGCUCGUCAGUUUAUUUUUUAUACUCAAGCAAUAUUUUGGUAUAAUUACCGUGAAAUGGCAGACGAUAAAACAUGUCAGUGCUCUUGCACAACUACACAUUAGAAGAGCUGUAUGCUGUUACAUUUUUGUCCUCUUAAGUGAAAUGUAUCAAAAGAAUGAGGCUGCCUAUUGUGGCAACAAUUAUAAAUGGGUGGAAUGGCUGCAAUCAGGAUAUGAACAUGUUUGUGAUGUCGAGUGCAGUUGAUGCCUUGGCUUCAUCCAACGUCACCCGAAAGGUUGAUAUUGGACGACAGAUGAGUAAGAUGAAUUGCAUAGCAGCAUAAAUAGGGUCACAUUUCAGAACAAUUCCUCAAUACCUUCCUCUUGUAUAUGUGUACCCUCUUCUAACGUGCAGUUAUGCACUGAUACCACCAUUAUUGAUCACGUGAUAUAUCUGCCAUCUAGUGGAAAAGUCAAUAAAAAAUAUAUUACAGUAUUGAAAAUGAAUACCAGUGUCAUGCUCCUUUCACAUUGCAUUUUCUUUCCAAAAUUGCAAAGACAGGUUACUGAAUUAUGAAAUGUCUUAUUUAAUGAAAGUCAUUCAAAGUCUUAUUUACCCAUGGAAAUACUACGGCAAAGCGAUGAAAGAGCACCACUGGGGCAUUGUAACACUGAAGAGCAGUUUUUCGGAACUGGAUUACUUCUACCAACUUGGAGAAAAUGGGUCUCCACUCUUAGCCCAAUUGCAACUUGUCAGGCUAUGAAAUCUACCGAGAGUGUGAUAAUUUGCAAAGUCUUGCGCUUAUCCGUUUUUUCGUACGUGCAACUUCAUUGCGUUACGGCCACAGGUAUUCUCGACGUGCUCAGCCAGACGAAGGCAGUGGCAUGAAUUAUGAGAUUCUGGAUGCUCCCAGAAUCUUUGUUUAUCAGCACUGUGUGUUUAUAUUGUUGGCCGCGUCGACAUAUUUCGAAAACUGAUAUUUUUGGACUUUGCUUCUAAAUGUUAAGCGGGGUUUUUUUUAUAUUUUCCUUGAGCAAUCGUUGCUGCACUGUAAUUAUCAUGUUACCGUCAUGGCUAAUAUUGUUUGGCUCAGAACCCUUCACGCUAAGGACAUGCACUCUCUGUGCAAGGUCAAAGUUCAGCUGUCAUUGCAAUGGUAUCAAGAAUCCAUUGAAUGUCACUCUUGUAUUUAAUAAAACAGUUUCAACAAAUACAGCUGAAUGCAACUGCUUAAUAUACAGAUAAUAUGUUAAUCUUAUUUAUUUGUUCAUAUCUAUAUGUUCAUAUGUUGCUGUGAAUUUUAUGUAGGUUGAGGUUCAUUAUUUUAAUGUACUGUCAUAUGUUAUAGAGACAUAUCCUUAGCUAAAGUUGAAAUACAAAGUUGUACAUGUAAAAUAUGAAAAAAAUUAAAACCACUCGCAAAACC